UCAAAGCCCACGUAUAAGUAGGAACAUAAACAGCACCACGAAUAAAAAAAUAUAUAUAAACAUAGUUUUGUUAAGAGAUUUCUAGCUCCAUCAAAGAGCUUAGAUUCAUUUUGAGCCAUAAAAGACGAACAAAAAUGUCUGCUCAUGAUAUAAAGUUGGAGGUAUGCGUGGAUUCCAUUAAAUCAGCAUUUGCGGCAGAAGAAGGCGGCGCGGCGCGCAUUGAGCUCUGUGCAGCACUACAGGAAGGCGGUUUAACACCCACAACCGGAACGCUGAAAACUUUAAAAGAGCUGCCAUUUACCUUACCCAUACACUGCAUGCUGCGUCCCCGUCGUGGCACCGAUUUCGUCUACAGCGAGGAAGAGAUGCAGGCGAUACAAACAGAUAUGGAUAUGCUGCGUACUCAUGGCGCCGAUGGCUUCGUUUUUGGGGCACUUACACCAGAGCGAACUAUUGACGUGGACAAGUGUCGACGUGUGAUGGAACGUUCGUGCGGACUACCCGUUACCUUUCAUCGCGCCUUUGAUCUCACCGACCCGAAGUUAAUGCACGACAAUGUGCAAAUGCUCAAGGAGCUGGGCUUUAAGCGUGUUCUUAGCAGCGGUUUUCGUGCAUCAGCUGCCGAGGGUGUUGAUUCCUUAGCGCAGUUAAUAGCAAAGCAUCACCGCGACAUUAUAAUAAUGCCCGGCGCCGGCAUCAAGGUAGCUAAUCUGGAAGAGAUUCUUACUUUCAGCCGUUGUCAGGAGUUUCAUGCGUCUGCCUUGGACACAGCUAGCGAAGACUACAGUGCACCCACGACGACACGCAUGGAGUGCGAUGUAACAAUGGGCAAACAGGACAUUGAUCCAUACUAUGGCACAAACGUCUACGUUGUCCGCAAAAUGGUAGCUAUAGCCAGCGCCAUGAGCUGCAGAUAAAGGACAAUUACAUUUAUUUCAAUCAUUUAUGCUAUGCAUAUUUACAAUGUACAUAUGUGAAUUUGUCCAGUAGUUUCAUCAAUAACCAUAAGCUACCGCGAACAGUGUCCUUAACCUUUUAAGAUUACAUUACAAUUACAUCCUAAUAUAGCGAUAUUUAAUUUCAA